AUGACCAGCACGAGUGCGAGGCCCUCCGCAGCAGAACCAACACCACAUAUUCCGCGCGCCGCCUUAGUCCCGCAAGACCAUGUCCCACCAACAUGGUCAAGUCUGGAGUUGAAUGCCAUUGAACCAGUCGGAAGCCGAAUACAACAAGAUAAUCGCUCAAGACAUGUUAGGUCGAAACAACCAUCCGAACUUGGCAAGACGUUCAACGUCGCGCCGUCAGCAGCAGCAGCAGCAGCAGCAGCAGCAGCAGCAGCAGCAGAGGACAGCGGAGCUCCAGGCACAGAUGAAAUAACAAACCCAACACUCUCACGCAGGAACACCAUCUGGCGACUAGCCAGUGCGUGCCUCAUGAACUUCGGCAACGGAAUGAACGACAGUGCGCCCGGUGCCCUAAUUCCGUAUAUCGAGGAAGACUACGAAAUUGGCUACGCCGUUAUCUCCCUGAUCUUCAUCGCCAACGCCGUCGGAUUCGUUCUUGCUGCGCCUUUGACACACACAAUCCAGACCCGAGUCGGCCACGCCAAAAGCUAUGCCCUCUCAAUGAGUCUCAUCAUGGCGGGCUACAUUGCCAUCGUCUGCCACCCACCCUUUCCGGUUGUGGUCACGGCGUUUCUCCUGCUCGGGUUCGGGAUGGCGUUGAGCAUCGCGCUGAACAACGUUUUCUGCGCUAACCUUAACAGCUAUGCCACAGCCCUCGGUUUCUUCUCCGGAGCAUAUGGCAUCGGCGGAGUGAUUUCACCACUAUUCGCCACGGCCAUGGUGUCUCACGGCAUCCGCUGGACAUACUUCUAUUUCAUCACACUGGUAAUUUCGGCGUCCAACAUGUUGCUCGCGGCUGUCGUCUUUCGCAAUUAUGAUGACGAAGGUGCCGCUUCGAGGGCAUACACUCAGCAAACAUCUCCGCCCCUUGCUUCUCAGACGGAUCAGCCAAACGAGAAUAAUUCCCAUGACUCCCACAUGCGCCUCCAAACCCUGAAACGAGCCAUUCGAAAUCGCACAACAUUCUUAGGAUCACUCUUUAUCUUCGCAUACCAAGGAGCCGAAGUCUCUAUUUCCGGCUGGAUCGUCUUAUUUCUUAUCAACUACCGAGGAGGUGAUUCGCGGAAUGUCGGCUAUGUGAGCGCCGGCUUCUGGGCCGGGAUUACCCUCGGGCGCUUCCUCCUUGUAUAUCCGGCAAAACGAAUCGGCGAGAAGGUUGUCGUAGGACUGCUGGUUGUCGGGGCGAUAGCGUUCCAGCUCAUGACCUGGCUGAUCCCCAACAUCGUCGGCGACGCAGUGGCGGUGGCGGUCGUGGGCUUGCUGCUAGGGCCCAUGUAUCCAUGCUCGACGGCCGUGUUUGCGAAAUUACUACCCGGGAGCAUUCAGCUGAGUAGCAUGAGUUUCAUCACUGCUUUGGGAAGUAGUGGAGGCGCAGUAUUCCCCUUCCUAACAGGUAUUCUGUCACAAGAGGUGGGGACGAUAGUCCUGCAUCCGAUUUGUUUGGCGCUCUAUGCGGUGAUGGUUGUCUGUUGGUGCUUUUUGCCUGCGAUUUCGAAGAGGUCGGAGUAG